AUUUAUAUAUUUUUGUACAUAAAAAUGUGUGAAUUAAAAGACCAAGAUUAUGAUUAUCUUGAUACAAUAAUUAAUAAAAGUCUUAUGGGAAUAGCAAAGAUACAUAAUGAUUUAAUUGUAUUAGAAGAUUGUAAUGCAAUCUUACGUAAAGAUUAUGUAAAUAUGAUUGGGAAAGUCAAAUUAAUAUCUGGUGGUAGAGCUGAAAAUGAAUUGUUAUAUCCAAGAUUUGUAGGUCCUGGAAUGUUAACAGCUGCAAUUUUAGGCAAUACUUUUUCUGGACCUUCAAUUAAUAACAUAUUGAGAGUUAUUGCAGAAAUUGAAUCUGAUCAUCCUUCAGGUAUAUUAUUAAUUAUUCAAAAUGAUGUUGAAUAUUCUAUAAACUUUACCUUAGCUAAAUUACAUGCAGAAGUUAAAGGAUAUAUUAUUAAACUAAUAAUAGUAAAUAAUAAUAUAUCGCAUUAUUUCAAUAAUACUAAAGAAAAUGAUAUUUUGCCUAUACUUUUUAUAUAUAAAAUAGCUGGAGCUAUGUCAGAAGAAGGAAAAAAUAUAGAUGAAAUUUAUUCUCUUUGCAAUUCUGUUGCAAACAAUGGAGAAAUCCUAUGUCUGAAAACAGAAAUGCAUUUUCAAAGUAUAAUUCAUGAAGGAUAUAAAUUGAAUAUACUUUCAAAUGUAGUUAAACAAAUACUUAAACCACUAAUAAAUAUAUUAAAUAAAACAUUACAGAAUUGUACUAAAAAAAGUAUACAUAAAACUAAAACAUUUUGUACUGGUCAUGAAAUUGCAAUUCUAAUAAGUAACUUUGGUUGUAGUCAGAUACAAGGAAACAUAUUUAUCUUAGAAUUUUUGCAACAAAUAGAAAUAAAUAAAUUAAAAAUAAAAAGAAUAUAUGUGAAAGAAUUUAUGACAUAUUCAAAUUAUAGUGGUUUUCAUAUCUGUUUGUUAAAUCUCUCACUUACUACAGAUUUAAUUAAAUAUUUAGAUUUUCCAACAUCUGCUUGGCCAAGAGUAUUAAUUACAGAAGUAAUAAAAAUUGAGGAGGUAAUGUAAUAAUAAAAAAAAAUAAUUACAUCAGGAAAAUAUAAUAAGAAUAUCAAUUGGUAUGAUUUAAAUUUACAAGGACCAACAAUGAAUUAUGAAACUGGUCAAGCAUUUUUAUCAAUUAUUUCAAUGGCAUGUGAAGCAAUAAUAGUAUGUACAAAACAAUUAAAUAAAAUGGAUCAAGAAUAUGGAGAUUAUGGUACAAGUCUUGCACGUGGAGCUAAAGCUAUACAAAAUGAUAUUCAGAAAAAUAAAAUAUCAGGAACAAAUUUAUAUAUAACAUUUACACAAAUUAGUCAUAUCAUUCAAAGAACAGUGGGUGGUUCACAAGGAGGAUUAUAUUCUUAUUUUUUUUACAAUGUUGCUAAAGCUUUUUCAAAAUAUCAAAAUGAUAAGGUAACAGUAGACAUGUGGUUACAUGUAUUAACUAUUGCAAAUAAAGCAUUGGAACAAAUUAAAAUAUCUUCUCUAAAUAAUGAUAUUCUAUUAACUAUUUUAAUAACAAUACAAAUAGACUUAGAAAAUGCAUUAAGUAAAAAUAUGGAUCCUCUUGAUGCAUUUGGAGUAGCUGUAAAAGCUGCAGAAAAUUUUAAUACAAAUGUUUUACAUACACAAUCUUUUCAUGAAUUUAAGUAUCCUCAAGCACAUGCAAUAGGAAUAUGGAUGAGAGCUGCAUAUGAAGAUGGACAAUAUGAAUGUGAAGGAUGUCAAAGUAUUGGAAAUGUGAAAUAUUUAAGUAAUGAACAUGAAACUAGAACAUCAUUUCUUUCUGCUCAACAAUCAUUAACUCAGGAUAUUUGGUGUUUGCUAAAGCAUGCAUGCUUUAGGAGCUUAAGUUGUGAAGUACAUCCGGGUAAAGAAGGUGUUUGCUACUUUGGAGAUGAAUAUAGGGGGCAUGUUUUAAGUCAUACAUUUACAUUAAAAGAUGCCCAGGCAAGAGGUUUUCGUAAAUGGUGCAGUUUUAUUGUUUUUAUGAGAGAUAAACAGUUUCUAUUAAAUAUGUGGCCCUUUUUAGUUGAUAAUUUAAAGGAAGUAAUUCGGGAAUUACAAGAUUUUGCUGAAAAAAAAUAUAAUGCAGAAGAAGCAGAAUGCCCACAAAGAAUUGUUCGUUUAUCAACUAAUAAUGGAUCAGGAUCAUAUAAUAAUUCUAACAAACAACCUAGAACUUUUAGUGAUAUAACCAAUGAGAAACAUGUUUUUAUAAGAAUUCACAUGUGGUUGGUAUGGAUUCUUAGUGCAGGAGCAAGACAUUUCAUAGAAAUUUUUCCUAUGAACUUAUUAGAUGAUGAAUUGAAUUAUAACUUGGAACAUCAGAUUGAAACUGAAGAUGGAUUUACUUUAGUAAAUGCUAAAUUACCUAUAAAUUUAACCUUAAACUCAAAUGAACCAGAAACAACACUUGAAUUUUCAGAAGUCUUAGAAAAACCCACUACAUUAAUACUUAAAGAUUUAAGAGCUGUAUUAGGAAAAGAUCAAUUUAGGCAACUUUUAUAUUCUAGUUUAACAGGUGUUCAAAUUUUAGUAAGAGGUCCAAAUAUUCAAAGAUUGGAAUCUUUAUAUGGUCUUAGUUCUCUUAUUCCACGUGCAUGUAGAAGAGUUAAGACUCAUGCAACAGAAUAUAUGGAUCCUAAUAAGUGCAACUUUAUUGGUGUUGAUACAUCAGUAGCAGUGCCUUUACCUUGUGUAAAUGUAUGUAGAUUAGACAUUGUAGCUGAUGAACAUAAAGUUGAAAAUUCAAGUUCACAUAUUGUCAGAUGGGCAGGUACAUUACCACUAAAGUUACCAACAUUAUUAACAAAAAUUGAAAAGUCACUUGAAAAUGAGAAACUUGGAAAUUCUGCUUUGAAAGCACAUUUUGCUGCGUUACAAGAAGAAUGGGCAAAUAUUGCCAAAGUAGUUCAUGCCAUGCGAGGACGUGGUCAUAAUGGAGAUCUUUCUGGUCUUAUGCUUAGCUUAGGUGCUGGUCCUCAUGAUAAGAAGUUAUUAGACACUUGGUCAAUGGGCUUGCCACCAAAUCCUGCAUAAUUUUUAAUUAAUUUGCAAUAUUUUAUGUAUUGUAGAAUAUUGGAUAGUAUCUAAUUUAAAAUGUAAGGUAUUCUUUUAUUGUUCAUGCAAUAUUUAUGUAUUCAAGGUUGUGCAUUACAUUUUAUUUAUAUUAUAAUCAAUACAUAAUAAGUAUUGAUAUUAGUGUAAAAUAAAUUGCCUGACAUGCAUUAUUAGUAUUUAAGAUUUGGUAUCCACUUUUAUAAAAUAAUAUAUUUACAUAAAACUUUUUGAUAACAUUGAUGUAAAAAUAAACUUUAUAUAUAAAAAUUGUUUAAUUUUAAAAAGUAA